UUCGCAUUGAGCGCACGUCUCUCGCUCCUCUGAUCCGCGCAUAAGCCGGCUCGUAAAAGUUGAAUUAAAAAAUAAGAAUUCUAAUUUCAAAAAUAUUUCGUUAGACUUUCUGGAAUAGCCUGCAAGUGUUAUCAAGUGCUUACAACCAGUGUUUGAGUUUGUCCACGUGAUAAAAGGCAUUAAAGUCUCCGCGAAAUGACCUAAAGAAGAUCUAAACAUGUGUACCAGUGCGUCCCAGUGUCAGUGAGUUUAGUGUCAAUUAGUGCGGACCGUUGUAGUGAAACUUUGAAAAUGGAAGCCUUGGAAAGGAGAGGGAAAGUGCUGGCCAUCGCCGCCAUAUUGUUCAUCGUGUUUUGGUCACAAUGCAAAGGCGUGGAAGGGUACAACACGACGAAGAGAGUUGUCACGUGUCCGGCGCAGUUCAUCCGGCUCGGGCACAGCUGCUACUACUUCAGCGACACCAAGGCCACGUGGCAGAACGCGCUCUUCGCCUGCAAGGAUCGUGAAAGUAACCUUACUGUGCCGGCCCGGUGGGAGGACCGCAAUUUAAGAAACUACCUCAAUAAACCCGGCAUCGAGAAAGUUAGCCGUUGGAUCGGCGGUAUCUACGACUACGCAGCGCGCUCGUGGAAGUGGGGAGGCGAGCUUCGUCCCAUGCGGUACCAGUCCUUCUCCAAGAUGAAGAAACUCAAGCCCGAGGAGCUGCAGUGGAACUGCAUCGCCAUGGAGCCUGAGCUUCUCUACAGAUGGGCACCCGCAAGCUGCUACGAAAGUCGACAGUACAUCUGCAAAACCAAACUCAAGUACCACCGACAACGCAACCCAGUCAGUCGCGAACGAAACGACCCGAGAAGCAACGACGUCGUCACCGCGAACCCGUCUCUCAACCCGCUAAAGUCGUACGAUCUUCGACCGAGUGCGCUCCGAGAAAUGCCGAAGCCACGUCGAAACAAAAGAGGACCGCUUCGACCGAGUAGGAAGCUGACUCGACCUUUCCCUGGAUAUCAAUGGAACCGCCGCGAUCCUGAGGGCUCGUAUCAACGAAACGCUGAGCUCCUCACUUCUGGCCGCACCGGCCUCAGCCCUCAGCAAGUCAACACUCACCUCGCGCGGCUCAAACACUUACGGAACAAGCAGCUCAGGAAAAUGAAGAUGCGUAACCGGGACGACUGGCUCGUCAACGAACCCAAGCAGAACAUGGCGCACACACACGCGAGGACGUACACGGUCGAUAACAACAUCAGCGCUUUGCAUCCAAAGACAAUAGUAGAGGAAUUCGAUAUGAUGCCCCCACCGGCUCCUAUUGAAGUGCGGUCAGCACGACACAUAGAUUACGAUUAAUUCCAUCUCAGCUUUUUUAAGCGUUCAAUUUUGAACCAGAACUUUGUGUCUCUUUAAAAAAUGAGUGAGAGUAUAUUUUUGAAAAGACCCGUUUUGUUUUAUUAAGUUCCUUGCAAGUGCACUCUUCUUAUCGCCACUUUGGACUCCGUAGUUCGGAUCUGCUAUGUACUCAGUAAGUGUUUAAAAUAAGCAGAAGUUGUUAGCUUAUUUAUUUGCGUUUUUAAUGUGAUCGCUUAGUCAUAGAAAUGUACACUGUGUUCUACUUCUCUUGUCGUAGAGUAGACAGAACAUGACGAUUAAGUACUCUUCUAAGAAAUAUUACAACAUAAUAUUUUCCCCAGCCAGCAAACACUAAAGAAUUGUUCGUUUCUAGGAGCAUUUCACUUAAUGCCAUGACAGAUAUCCUGUAAGGCUGUCCAUGAUUUCACCUACUCCGAUGCUGAUAGGGUUGGCUGGCCAAAGUAUCAUUAGCAUUACCCACCCUAUAUACUUACUAGGGUAAGUAAAUGACAACGACCAUCUUACAUGAAGUUUAGACAUUUCAUUGCAUUGCCAUCUCAUUUUCUUACUUAAAUUGAUUUGAAAGGGACGACACAUAAUAUUAUGUCUACAAUUUCUUGUAAGACUGUACCGUGCUAUCUCUAUGUAUAUCUCUGCCUUCUGUGUCAACUAUAAUAUUAAUAUAAGUCAUUUGUAAACCAUCUCAUUUCGAGUAUUAACUUUAUCCUUAUCGUCAUGUUUCAAUUUAGGUUAAGCGGGCCGAUUUUUGAGUCUCACGCGUUCGAAUUCAGAAAAUUGUCACUGAAAAUAAUAAGCAAGUCACCGUUUUCAACCGGUAUUUUAGUGACAAAAUCCCGUAUGCAAGAUUCAAAAAUCGCCCUCAAGGUAGCAUAAAUAAUUAAAAACACAAACGCGACCAAAAUUGUAUUGAGUUUUUUUUUAUUAUAUCCUUAUAAUAUUAUAUAUCACAGGCAAACACAGUAAGUCAAAGCCGUGUUUCAAAACGUAAUUAAAACUUUUUACUGUCGUUUGAUUUUUAGAUUUAACAACUAAAAUUAACUAUAUUUUUGUAUUUAUAAAGAACUAGUCAGUAAGUGUGUUUAUUUUAAAGAUUUAAUAUUGUAAGUACAACAUUAUAUUUUGAUUAUGAACCCGCAUUAUAAAGUUACAUUUGUGUAAAAAAAGAGUGAAUUCCCAUUUUAUUCCACAAAAAAACUUUGUCUGAUUAAUUUCUAAUAUAAAUACGUUAUUUAUAUUAUACAUCUAAUUUAUGUUAGACUUAUAUGACUAGCGUAAAGGGUCACUAGACUCACUAGUAUAAAGUUACCUCUAUAACCUAAAAAGUAUUCAUUAGUUUUAAAAAACUGUGUCGUACUUUACAUUGGCAUUUCAAAUUUUCUUAGAUUUUAAAUGUUUAGGGACACUAGUACAUAUUCGGAACUACAUUCACAGAAUCAUUUAUAAAUCUUAAACGAGAAAUUCCUUUAUAGGAAGAACGACACAUUUUGUAAAUUCGCUAGUAAGCAUACCACAAGCAUGCGGUCUUAUUCUAAAGUGUCACCUUUAGCAGUAAACAUAAUACCUAUACCUACUUAUAUGUCUAUCCUAUAGACUUACUGCCUAAGUAUGCAAGUGCUAAUUUGUUCAUUUCUGCACCUACUAUUGUGUAAAAACUCCUUCCUUCCUACAUUAUACUUUUAUUAAGUAGAUAUCGAAAUAAAUUAUGGAAAAUUAAAAAGCAGUUGUUUGUAAAAUAUCUUUAUAGUCAUAAUAUACUUAAUAAAAGCACAGUACUCGUAGUCGUGGUCUAGACAGUAGUCAUGGUUAGUGCCAAUAGUUGAAAUCCUCGCAUUUAUGUUAAGGAUGCUGUGUCUAUUUUAUCAAAAUAUUUAUAAACUCGUCGGUAAAUAGUUAUUUAUCAAUUCUGUUACUUUUACAAUACAAUAAAUAGUAGUUUACUGAUUAAUUUACUACCUUCUAUGCUUCUAAGGCCCACUUGCACCAACCACUUAACUCAGGGUUAGUGGGCUGUCAUCUGUCAAAUUCCAUAUAAAAUAGUUAACCCUCCAUUUUCGCUGGUGCGAGUGGCCCUAAGUAUAUUGUAUUUUAUUUAAAUUUCACUGCCUUUAUCUAUUUACGUACAGUCAGCAUGCAUCUUGGACGUGUGUAGAUCAUUAUGAAUACCCCCACAUAUAUGAUGCUGCUAAAGAAUCUCGGAAAGCUGCUAAGUUGAAAUGGGACUGGGCUGGUCAUGUCUGUCGAAUGCCGGACGACUUGUGGGCUAAGAUAACCACGAAGUGGGAGCCCCACGAGGAUCCGGCAGACCACAUCGGCGAUGGCAGGAUAACCUCGAGUCCUCGACUAAUUUUUGAGUGGUUGGCCAGACAUAGCACUUAACAGAGACGAAUGGAAAAAGAGGGAGGAGGCCUUUGCCCAACAGUGGGACACAACAGGCUCCUAAUAAUAAUAAUAUGAUGCUGACUGUACAUAAGUAUAUUUUCCAUAGAAUACUUUUAAAUUAAUGUAUACUUGAAAUAGUAACUGUUGAUGUUAAAUGUAUGCUUUGAAUUAAACGUAUUGUAGGUAAGUGCGUACUUAUCAUAACUUACCCCGGCUACAUUUUCUUGUUAACCUUUUGACCUCUUAGGGCCAGUUGCACCAAACCGUCUGUCACCGUUAAAGCAUUCAUUAAAUUGUAUUGUAUGGGAACUUCCAUAGACCUCUGCUGCGUGACGAUGAUGUGUCUGUGAAAUGUGGUUGAUGCAACUGGCCCUUAGAAAUUCAACGAGCAUGCUCGAGUCUCCGUCGGUACAAAGUUAAACGAACAUUUGUCCGUAUAACUAUUUGUUCGUAUAACAUUUGUUUCAUAUAUGAGACUUCGGCUAAAUUAGCAGACUAUGGUGGUUAAAGGAUAACAUGUAGCCGGACUUAAUGCCAUAAUAUGCUUCAGCAAUGUAGUCUUUCGCAUUUCAUCAUUAAAUUUUGACAUAAGAUUUAUUGUAGAUAUAAAUUUAAUUUGAAUAAAAAUGUAACAAUAUAAGUUGUGGUUGCAACCCCACUUUCAGUUAAGUAUAGAAUUUCUAGAUUCGAUUUAACAAAUAAAUGAUUAAAGUAACGCCCUUUUAUUUUCUCAUAACAGUUAAAAUGACAGACAUAAGCUUUAUCUAUAAAAACAAAUGAAUAAUGGAUACACACACUCAUUUAAUGUAAGAAAUUAGUAUCAAAAGUCAAUACAUAUACAUAUAUUACAGAGAUUAAUACAAUAUUUAUGAUGUUCAGAUAAACAUUUUUGACAGAAAAUUAUGGAGUAGGUUUUCCUUAUAAUAUUAAUUUAACAAAAUUCUGUGAAUUCAUCAGUAGGUUAAGAAAACUAAAGUGAGUAAAUUCUUAUUGUAUUAAUGUUUAAAUUAAUAAAGGAAUCAGAGAAAACAUU